UUUUUCUGCGCUAAGAAUGACGAAAGGAACGUCAAGUUUUGGAAAGCGUCACAACAAGACGCACACCCUGUGCAGGAGAUGCGGUGGCCGAUGUUAUCACAUUCAAAAACAAACUUGCGCCAGAUGUGGGUACCCCGCCAAACGCAUGCGAAAAUAUAAUUGGAGUGAAAAAGCUUGCAGACGCCGAACUCAAGGCAUUGGUAGAAUGAAACACCUCAAGAAAGUUUUCAGAAGAUUCAGAAAUGGCUUCAGGGAAGGAGGUGUUGCAAAGAAAGUAAAGGCAGUGGCACCAGCUCCGGCAUCUGCAGCAGCAAAAUAAACUAUGACUGUCUAAAUUGAUGCUCUUUUUUUCUGAAAACAAUUUUUAUGACGACGAUAUUUAUUAAGACACAAGUAAAUAAAUAUUGUCUAUGUAAAUUA